AUGUCAGGUCUCGAUGUUGAAGCCCUUCUUGAGUCGACGGCUGCUUCCAUCAAUGAAGCUUCCGAACGAGACCGUGACGACCGCUCAAAAGUUGAUUCAAGCGAACGCCGCGACCGUGAUCGCUCCAGGGAUAAGGAACGCCGACGGAAAGGUCGUAGCCGUGAUCGCGACGACAAGGAUGAAGAUUUGAAAAGUCCGAGGAGCGAGCAUGGCAGUGCUAACGGAAGCCAUAGAAGCAGAAGGAGAAGCCGCAGCCGCGACAGUGACCGACGCCGGCGUCGCGACCGCUACGGUGAUGAUCAUCGCUCAGGGGGUGAUUUCUACCGCGGUGGAGGACGUGCCCGCUCGAGGUCACGCUCGCCUUAUGAUGAGAGAUAUUAUCGUCCAAAUGGCCGCUCCAGACGAGACGACCGUGAAGAUGAUAGACCUUCUCGUCGGGACCGCGAUGGCAGAAGACGUAGCAGAAGCCGUGGACGCCGCAGUCGUACUCCAGAGGAAGACCUCAAUGAAGACGAACGUGACAAGCGUACCGUCUUUGUUCAGCAGCUCGCUGCUCGUUUGCGAACCAAAGAACUCAUUGCAUUCUUUGAAAAGGUGGGACCCGUCAAAGAAGCCCAGAUUGUGAAGGAUCGUGUCAGUGGAAGGUCGAAAGGUGUUGGCUAUGUCGAAUUCAAGGACGAAUCGUCUGUCCCACUUGCCAUUCAGCUCACCGGCCAAAAGCUUUUAGGAAUCCCCAUCAUUGCCCAACUGACCGAAGCGGAGAAGAAUCGACAAGCCCGCAAUCCCGAAGCCACUACUGGUCAAUCGGCCUCAGCGCCGUUCCACAGGUUGUAUGUUGGUAAUAUUCAUUUCAGUAUCACUGAAAACGAUCUCCAGAAUGUUUUCGAACCGUUUGGUGAACUUGAAUUUGUUCAACUUCAGAAAGAUGAAACUGCUCGCAGUCGCGGCUAUGGAUUUGUUCAAUUCCGCGAUCCCAACCAGGCGAGAGAAGCGCUGGAAAAGAUGAACGGUUUUGAUCUUGCUGGUAGACCAAUUCGUGUCGGCCUUGGGAACGAUAAGUUUACUCCUGAAUCAACAGCGAAUCUUCUACAACGUUUCCAGGGACAAGGCCAUCACCAACACCAACAACAACAAUAUCAAGGCUCCUCCUUUUCGGGCCACGGAGGCCGUAGCGUUCAAGCCGGCGCGGCGCCCAGCAACUUCGACCGUGCCGGUGGCCGAGACACAGACAAAGGAGCAGGCGGAGCAAGUGCUUUAGAUGACACAGAUGUUGCUGGUGUGAACUUCAACAAUUAUAGCAGAGAUGCAUUGAUGAGGAAACUCGCGAGAACAGAUGAACCCGAACCUUCUGCAGAUGAGAAACUGCAGCCGCUACGGCCUAAGACAGAGCCCAAGCCAUUGCCAGUGAACGUCAACAUGGCAAGCAGGUGUGUCUUGCUUCGUAAUAUGUUUGACCCCGCAGAGGAAGAAGGCGAUUCCUGGGUCAAGGAGUUAGAAGAUGACGUCCGCGCUGAAUGCGAGGAGAAAUACGGUCAUGUUGUUCACAUUUCUCUAGAUCCAAAUUCGCAAGGAGACAUAUAUCUUAAAUUUGACCGUGUACAAGGAGGCGAGAACGCCAUCAAAGGUCUUAACGGACGAUUCUUCGGCGGCAAACAGAUCAGCGCUCAACCGGUCGUCGAUGCAGUCUAUAGCAGUCUCUUCUCCCGUACCAAAGCGAUUUAG